CAGAGUCUCACAACGCCUCUGCCCAAUGCGGUAGACGGUUCACCGCAUUUACCUCCUUCGGUUAUGCUACAGGAAUCUGAAGGCGCAUUAGUGCACACACUUUCCAAUUUAAACAAUAUUGUUUGAUAGAGUUUUAUCGCAAGACAUGUAUGUGAAAAUUGCCAUACGAGUGUUUCUUUUGCUGACUAUACAGCAGCAAGUAGACGCAACGGAUUCAGGUGAUGUUCAUGAGACGUCACAGGAGAGACUACUUAACGUCUAUAAAAGACGCCUAUCGCUACAGAAUACAGCGGAGAUUCAGCACUGCCUCGUGAACGCUGGUGAUGUGGGCUGCGGUAUGUUCGAAUGUUUCAACAAUAACUCGUGCGAGAUUCGAGGGCUGCACGAGAUCUGCAUGACAUUCUUACAUAAUGCCGGCAAAUUUGAUUCUCAGGGGAAGUCCUUCAUUAAAGACGCGCUGAAGUGUAUGGCCCACGGCCUGCGCCACAAGUUCAGCUGCGUCAGCCGCAAGUGUCUGGCCGUCAAGGAUAUGGUCUUUCAGCUGCAGCGCGACUGCUACAUCAAACACAACCUCUGCUCAGCGGUCAGGGAGAACAUCAACGUUAUGGUAGAGAUGAUCCACUUCCAGGAUCUGUUCCCCAAAGGGCCACAUGUGGAGCUGGUCAACAUCCUGCUUGGCUGCGGGGAGGAGGUGCGUGCUGCCAUUGUCCGCCGGAUCCGUGGCCAGUGUGAGCAGAACUGGGGUGCCCUGUGCUCCAGCCUGAGCCUCUGUUCGCUGGGGCAGGCCGCAUCCACCACCCUCGCCACCACGCUGCCAGGGGGUGGUGCAGAGUCCCUGGCCCCUGCUGCAUGGGCUCUCCCAGAGGCUGCUGAGCUAAGGCAGUCCUGGAACGCGACUCGGAGGAGGUGAGGGGGCGGGGGGGUGGUCAGCUCAG